AUGGUAAAUGUUUGCGGCCACGCAUUGUGCGAGAAUUGUGUAGAUUUACUUUUUUUAAAAGGUUCCGGUUCAUGUCCUGAAUGCAAUGUCCCUCUGCGUCGGAGCAAUUUCAGAGUGCAGCUAUUUGAAGAUCCCAUGGUGGAAAAAGAAAUAGAUAUAAGAAAAAGAGUGCUCAAAGAUUACAAUAAAAAAGAAGAAGAUUUUGCCACAUUAAGAGAAUACAAUGAUUACUUAGAAGAAAUAGAAACAAUUGUAUACAAUUUAUGUAAUAAUAUAGAUGUCGUAGGCACUAAUAAAAGAAUAGAGCAAUACAAAAAAGAUAACAAAGAGUUAAUUCUGAAAAAUAAGGCAAAAAUAGGUAGAGAAGAGUUAGAGUUGGAGGAGAUCUUAGAAAUUGAGAAACAAAUGGAGGAGCUCCGUAGGGCUGAAAUAUCUCGUAUGGAACAGGAAGCAAAGAAACAGAAAAUAAGGGAAAAGGAGGCGCUUAUUGAUGAGUUAAUGUUUGCGGAAGGUGAUGCCAAGGAUAUAUUAAACACGUUUGCUCAAAACAAAGUUAAGAAGGAGGAGGCUGAAAUAGUUCCAAUAGUUCCUAAGGUCACACAAUUCUCGUCCGGGGUAAAAUUCACCCGAGGUUCGGGUAGUCAACAAAACAUCCCUGUGUUAGAGGAGGGACCUUUGUACAAAUAUGAGGUGCCCAUAAUUCCAGACAGAUGUGGCCCAGACCCACCAUCUGUAGAGAAUAUAAUUAAGUGUGGGUAUCUGCAUCAUGUCAGGGCAGAGAACGAAACAGAGAAGGCUGGGGGCUACACAUCAACUCUACCUUGUCUUCGUGCAUUGCAAGAUGCUAUGGCGGGCCUGUAUCAUGCCAGC